AAUGAUAACUCCUGCCUCAUACUGUGUUUCAUAGCUCUUUUCAGAUAACACUUUGUAAUUCGAACAACCAAAAUUAUAGAAAGUUUACGAUUAUGAGAUUUUGGAGUAAUUGGAAAAGCAAAGAUAAAAACAAUAAUAGUUAAUGUAAGUGUAAACAGUACAAAGAAAUGGUAGUUAUUUUGGAUCAAUUGGAUCAAGAGUAUUUGAUAACACUGAUUACACCAAUGGAGUAGUAGUUCCAGUGGGAAGGAAGGUUUUCAAGCAAGUAGAUAGAGAAGAAAGCAAGCCCAAGAGAUUACACAAAAUACAAAUGGCAGAUAGAUGCAUCGAAUAAUUAGAAGAUGAGUUAUUUUUAAAUUAUUGA